AUGUCCCAGAAAGUCGAUCAAGACAUCCAGGAGCCUGAAAAACAGGUCAAGGAAGUUGUGGAGGUGGAGCGAGGCGAUCGCACUGCCGAUCUGGAAGAGCUCUCGACCCCGGUGGUCUAUAAGUUAUACAAACGGCGUUGGCUCGGUAUCGUAUCUCUGGUACGUUCUAGCAAACAAUUUCUGCACUAUGUGGGAAGAUUCGCUGAUCGUCAGUUUGAGCACAGGGUUUUAUGUCGUGAGCUUACAUCCUCAAAGCAAUAUCGUGAACCUAGUCUAUCUCCCGGCGACGUUCCUGACCGUCCAUAUCACGAAGAAGAUUGGAAUAAAGAAAACGGUAAGAUCCUUCUUGGCGGGGUUUGGCUUCUGCUCGCCAAUUGGAUCAGGGUGGCCUCAAUCGCGCCCAAGCUCUCCCCAGAUGGCAAAUUUGCAAUCCUGAUGCUCGCCCAAAUAUGUGUAGCGUUCGCACAAGGAUGCUGUCAGAUCAUAACCGAGAAUCAGCACACAACUACUUGGUAUGGUUUACUAAUUUAUCCUUAG